UGCCACUUCUUUAAUCUUUCUUGAAAGUUUGAUGAUACGUAGAGGACAACACUUGGUGUAGAAGGAGAAGGAGAAAGAUAAAGAUAGAGAGAGAGCCAUGGAAGCUUUGAAAACCGCUAGCUUUAGUCCUACGUCGGUUUUAUCCGGCAAGAGAUCAGAAACACGAAAGCCCUUCUCGCUCCCUAGCCUCUUUCCACCGAAGCCACCGAAACCAAUCUCCCAAGAAAGCUUAUUCAGGAGCUUCAAUGGCGGGUUGGCUCUUCUAACCUCUGUUCUAAGCAGUGCAACAGCUCCUGCUAUAUCCCUAACGUACGAGGAAGCUCUGCAACAAUCUACGACCUCUCCUUCAUCUUUUGAUUCAGAUGGCUUGAUCGAUGGGAUAUCAAGUUUCGUCACGGACAAUCCUCUGGUUAUUGCCGGUGGAGUUGCUGCAUUUGCUGUUCCGUUUGUUCUGUCUCAGGUUCUGAACAAAAAGCCCAAAUCUUUUGGAGUCGAGUCUGCAAAGAAUGCUUAUACCAAGUUUGGUACUGAUAAAAAUGCUCAGCUGCUUGACAUAAGAGCCGCUGCUGAUCUCAGACAAGUGGGCAGUCCUAAUAUUAAGGGUUUAGGUAAAAAUACGGUUUCAGCUGUUUAUAACGGAGACGACAAGACUGGUUUCUUGAAGAAGCUUUCUUUGAAGUUUAAAGAUUCUGAGAACACCACAUUGUUCAUUCUUGACAAGUUUGAUGGAAACUCCGAGCUUGUUGCUGAACUGGUGGCACUUAAUGGAUUCAAAUCUGCUUACGCUAUUAAAGAUGGUGCAGAAGGACCUAGAGGCUGGGUGAAUAGCGGCUUGCCUUGGAUAGAGCCAAAGAAGAAUCUCAGUCUUGAUUUGAGCAGUUUGACUGAUAGUAUCAGCGGUGUAUUUGGCGAGAGUUCUGAUGGUGUCUCUGUUGCAAUUGGAGUAGCUGCUGCUGCUGGAUUAAGUGUUUUAGCAUUUACAGAGAUUGAAACCAUACUCCAACUACUAGGUUCAGCUGCACUUGUUCAGCUUGCAGGCAAUAAACUUCUAUUUGCUGAGGACAGAAAGCAAACUCUAAAACAAGUGGAUGAGUUCUUGAACACAAAGGUUGCACCUAAAGAACUUGUUGAUGAACUAAAGGACAUAGGAAAGGCUUUUCUUCCUCUAUCAACAAGCAGCAAAGCUCUUCCCCCACCAGCAGCAGAAGCAGCUACAACCACCACCGUGGAUGAAAAAGAACCUGAGCCAGCAAUUAAAGCCGCCACUGCACAAGUAACCAUAUAUCCAGCGACCGAAGCUGCUACGGAACAAGUAAUCACAGAACCAACAAAAACAGAAGCCAAACCGAAACCUUAUCCAAGACCAUUAUCUCCAUAUGCAUCGUACCCAGACUUGAAGCCUCCAACAUCUCCCACACCAGUAAGCAGCAAAGGUCUUCCCGCACCAGCACCAGUAGCAGCAGAAGCAGCUACAACCACCAUCGUAGACGAACCAGAACCUGAGCUAGAGCCAGCAAUCAAAGCGGCCACUGCACAAGUAAACUCAGAGCCAGCGGCCAAAGCCGCCACUGAACAAGUAAUCACAGAAGCCAAACCGAAAUCUUAUUCAAGACCUCUCUCUCCAUAUGCAUCGUACCCUGACUUGAAGCCUCCAACAUCUCCCACACCAUCGCAUCCCUGAAACAGAAGAACAAUAUUUAACGGAUCUGUGUAAACUUCUUUUGUCUUAUUCAAGAACUUAGAUGCUUCCUUUCCUUAUGUCGGAUCUGAGAUAAGUGUAUUCUGAUUAUUAUUAUUUUUUCUUUACCCCUCUUGCCGCCA